AUGUCCGUGCCAUCCCGGCCAGUGCCGAGCUCAGAGCCUUCUUCGGUGGUCUGCCGGGAGCGUGCGCGGGCUGCGAAUUUUGCCGCAGUCAAAGCGACUGCUCAGUGCCAGCUAUGCCCCUUUGACAUUCUGAUUCUCAACUUUGAGGCUGGGUCCCAGGGGCCCGGACCGGAGUCUUCCGAAGGCCAGGUCCCAGAGAUGAUCGGCAGCUUCCACGCUCCUCCGAGACGAAAGGAGGCAGAGGAGCUGAGAGAUGGCUACUUUCCAAGGGAAGAGACAUCUGCGAACAAGCGGAUGAAAGAUGUGAUGCCUUGCUGCUGCAUUUCGAGUUUCAUGAGGCCGACCGCUGCUGCGGCUCAAGCCAGGCUAUGGGAGAAGGGCCGAAGACCGAAGCCGGCCAAGAAUGAAGUUCUCGGUGCUCUUCCUGGGUUGCUUGCGACUGGCAGUGGCCGAGGAGCCCGUAGCGGCCGCAUCCACAAGGGCAUCGGGACCAAGAUCGAUGUUGCAGUUGACCUCUUUGCAGCAGAGGACGAGCCUACUGAGCAUGCGCCCCAGCCACCGCGCCGCGAAGACCGCCUCCAAUUCGCGGGCACAAGCUUCACUUCAAGCGGCAGCGUGCAUGUGCCCCGGCUGGUGGGAGCCAUGCCUCGGCUUUCAUGCAAAGCUGAGGGUUCCGAACUGCGGGGCCCGAAAGAAUCGCACGGGGCGCUUUGCAAUCCACCGAAAGAGGUGGACAAGCAGUUGCUGGCUGAGAACACCUGGGUACGCACCGAUCCCAAAACGCAGAGGAAGGCGUCCAUGACGAUCAAGCUGGACCACGACUGA